AGCUCAACGUCACUCUGAUAAUGCAGCAUGGGCGAAAUUACCCGACCUAGGAGAUUGUAUUGAGGAGGCAGAGUCCUUUACAUUUAAACCUUUUUGGCCGAUUGGAUGAAAGGGAGAAUUCGAUCUUCUCUAAUUACAGUGAUGUUCCAAAAAUGCCAAUAGUGGAUAAACUCAAAGAGGCAUUAAAACCUGGUCGAAAGGACACGGGCAAUGAGGGUGACCUCAACAAACUAUUGGCCUCAUCUGCCAAGAAGGUCAUUUUACAGAAAAUUGAGUUUGAGCCUGCCAGUAAGGGUUUCUCUUACCAACUGGACAGCCUAAAGAACAAGUAUGUGAUCCUCAAUCCUAGGACUGAGGGCGCUAUAGGACAAAAGCCUACAGAGCUUGUUCAAAUAAAAAGGCAAGUCUCUGAGGCGUUAGCUGGGGCCCAGAGUGAUGGGAUUCCUGCUCCACAGAAGAUGCUGUUUCCAGCGAACAAGCUUACCCUUAAAUGGGAGCGCGUUUACAGGGUGGGAGCUGGCCUCCACAACCUUGGAAACACCUGCUUCCUUAACUCCACAGUGCAGUGUCUCACUUACACCCCACCACUUGCCAACUAUUUACUCUCAAAGGAGCACAGUCGUGUCUGUCACCAGUCAGGCUUUUGCAUGAUCUGUGUUAUGCAGAACCAUAUCAUCCAAGCCUUUGCCAACACAGACAAUGCCAUAAAGCCUGUGUCCUUCAUCAGAGAUCUAAAAAAAAUUGCCAGACCUUUUCGAUUUGGGAGCCAAGAGGAUGCCCAUGAAUUUUUGCGGUACACUAUUGAUGCCAUGCAGAAGGCCUGUCUUAAUGGCUACCCCAAGCUUGACAGGCAGACCCAGGCCACAACGUUGGUCCACCAGAUCUUUGGAGGUUACCUCAGGUCAAGAGUGAAAUGCUCUAUUUGUAAAAGUGUGUCAGACACUUAUGACCCUUACCUGGACAUUGCUGUUGAGAUUCGGCAAGCAGCAAACAUAGUGCGAGCCCUUGAACUCUUUGUUAAACCAGACGUGUUAAGUGGAGAGAACGCCUACAUGUGUGCCAAGUGCAAAAAGAAAGUUCCGGCCACGAAACGCUUCACAGUCCAUCGUACUUCAAAUGUACUGACUCUGUCACUGAAGAGGUUUGCCAACUUCAGUGGAGGAAAAAUAACAAAGGAUGUUGGUUACCCAGAAUUCCUGAACAUCCGGCCCUUUAUGUCUCAGAACUCAGGCGAUCCUGUCAUGUAUGGCCUCUAUGCUGUUCUGGUGCAUUCUGGUUACAGUUGUCAUGCUGGCCAUUACUACUGCUAUGUCAAGGCAAGUAACGGACAAUGGUACCAAAUGAAUGAUUCGAUCGUGCACUCGAGUAACAUCAAAGUGGUCUUGAACCAGCAGGCUUAUGUGCUUUUUUACCUGAGAAUCCCUGAAACAAAGAAAACUGCAGACGGGCACACAACCAAGCAGGAUAUGUUGCAUUCUGGCAAGAAUAAUGCAUCGUCUGAACAGAUAAAGAGGGCCAGCCAGAAUGGACCUCUCUCCUCCCCGCAGGUCACAAAGAAACUUGAGCCGGCACAACUGCGUAAGAUCCAGUCUAUGGAUGGUGGUUUGGGUUUGCCUAUUUCCAGAAAUGGUGUCAACAGUCAUUCACAGCCCAAACUUUCCAACUGGACAUCAUCCUCCAAUGGCUCACAAAGGCUUCCAGGUGGACCCACAGUGAUUGAUGAACCUUUCAAGAAACUGAAGAAACCCUCUUUUCUCAGCCAGGUGCAGUGCCGCAACAGCACUCCGGCCCCUUCCAGCAACGGGGUCUGCAGGGCAGAGGGAGAUAAAAAACUUGGUGGCAUGGUUAGGGGAAUGCCAACAUCAACCUUGUUUAAGUCUCUGUCUGACUUUUCCUCUGUUGUCACCAAUGACUCAAAGGGCUCUGUCGGUCCCAAAAGUACAUCAGUAGGAGAGACACCCCCCACUCCUAGGAAAGACUCCAAUGGCAUGAUUUCUCCAGCCAGGAGUGUGGAACGAUCGCAGAGCAUAGAGGAGCAGAAGAUGGCAAAAGUCAAAAUGCCGGCUCUCAGCAUCACAUCUGAAGCCACCAGCACCAUGUCACCCCCACCUGCCAAAAAACUAGCCCUGUCAGCUAAAAAGGCUCACAGCCGGACUCCGAGCAGCAUUGAUGUUCUGUCCCAUUUGCCACGCCAGCUGUCCAUACACGACUCCUUCGACUUUGCCACACCUACCCACAGAACUGCUCCCUUCCAUUCACCUAAAGCCCAGUCAUCUAAUUUUGCCCAGUCAACUGGAUCAUCCAAAGACCUGAGCCCUGAUAAACAGUUCUCUCUCUCCACACAGCAAAAACCAAAUGCCAGCUUUUCUCAUAAAACCAACAAGCUUAACUCUCCAGGUCCAAAAAGUCCCAAGUCUUCCACCCAUAACUCUGUGGUUCAAGAGACAGACCUCAACAAUCAUCCAGCUCAUAAUGUCAAACAACAGAAGAAAAAGAAGAAGCGGAAGCAUUUUGAGGUGGAGGGUGACACAGAGUCAGUCCCUUCCCCAGCUCCAGUGACACAGUUCAGCCCUUUGAAGUCAACCAGGGAAAAGAAGUGCAAGAAGAAAAAGAAAAAACAAAAACGGGAGAAUGAGGAUGGAGAAAAAAUCAAGCAGAGGGAAUGUGCACCAUCUCAUUUGGAAACAUUGAACCAGGAAGAGGAUUGGUGUCAGAGUGGUAUAUGGUGUCUAACAUCUCCUUUAGAUCCAGAACAGUGUAAGCAAAGACCGCAAUUGUCUGUCACAGCCUCAACACAGUGUGCAUCAAAUCAAAAAGAACAAGAAAAGAGCCCUGUGUUUAAGAAGAAAAAGAAAAAUCAACUAGGAGUGACUGUGCAGAAUACCUUUUAUGUGUGCUCUGCAUCAGAAAGCAAUUGUGAGAUGAAGACCUCGGAUGUUCAGAAUGAUAAAGGGGAUGUGAUGAUGCUGAAUAAGAAAAAGAAAUUAAAAAGGAAGAGGCUAAAAGAGGAGCGGCAGUGUGCAGAAAUUAAGCAUAGUUCUGACUUUAAACCUGGAGCAGCAGAGCCUUCUCCCAAAGAGAAUACCACAGAGGAGGGCAAAAAAAGCAAACAAAGCACAGCUUCAGUGUUUGUGUGGGACAGCCAUGUGAAAGAUGGCUAUGUAAGCAGCAAGACACGGGCAACUGACCGAAACGCCUUGGGAGAUGCUUCGACACAUGUUGCUUCUCUAGCCUGGGAUGGGAAAAAGACAAGUGGCGUAGUGGAAGAACUGCUGAAGAAUGCCACGGAUAAGGCCUAUGGAGGCAACACUCUAACUUGGGAUGGUGGGGUCUCUGAUAUCAGUAGAGAUGCCGUUGAAGAUGUCCGCAAUUCCAAGUAUGACACUGUGAUUGAUGAGUGGGAUGAAGACUUUGACAGGGGAAAGGUGAAGAAAAUAAAGAACUAUAAAAGAGAGAAGUGGAGAAGUGGCAGCAGCAUCUUCCAGAAGAUCCAGGAUAGGCGGAACAAAUGGUCUGUAACAGGAGGGAAAAGAGUUUUUGCAGUGCGCCGCUGAAAGUCCUGAUUGCUGCUGAGGUCUUUCUGGCUGGAAACUGAGAUGACAAUACUGUAUACCAAACCUCUGAUCCUCAUCUUUAAUUUUAAUCCCUCUUAUGGUCUGUUCAGUUCAUUUGGUCAUCCUAAAAUUGGGUAAGGGGGGAAAAAAGGGUUCCAUAUUAAAAAGAUUCAUUUUUAAGGCUUCUGCAAAAAAAUAUUAAUUAUUAUUAUUAUUAUAUUAAAUUCUGACAUUCAAAAAAUAUUUACAUUGAAUCUCAUCCCUUUCAAUUUCUUUAUUUUUUCUGAUUUUUAUGCCUUUAUUGACAUGAUUUUGUUUUACAUUUUGCGUGCCAUAUGUUUUGUUUUUAAGGACCACAUUUUACCUGCCUUUUCUAAAUUUCUAAGCUGGUUCAAAAGUGUGCUCGGUUGAUUUUGUUUAAGUUCUGUCAUCUUGGUUAUGUGCCUUUUUUGUUGUUCCUUAUAAAGUACAUUUAUUUCAUAUUUAUUAUUAAUACAUAUUAGUCCAUGACCGAAUCUCCUUUUUGUGAAAGAACACUUCAGCUGUGGAUGCACUGAUUUGGAGCAAUGCAUUGGAUUAAUUCUGUUGUAUCUAUAUAGGUGCAUCAUAGUUCAAAGACAUCUCAUGGUUCCUUGUGCAUUGUAGGGACUGGGGUUUGUGAAAAAGCUCAGGCAGGAGCAGUUCUUAAACUAUGUAGCUCAGUACAACAAAUUGUUCUUCACCAGUGAAUUGACAUUAAAGUUACAUUUUAUACUUCAGACACUGUGUUCGAAUGGGACUGCCACAUGACAAUUUACUUUCCCUUGUAUUUUAUAUUUCUAUGCAAUUUUCUGAUUGUCAUGUUCAUCACCUACAAACUGGGCUGAGACUCAGGAACCCAGACCUCCAUCUCUAAGCAAUGCCUCUUUGUAAACCUCACCGUUGCAUCCUGUACAUCUUAUAGAAUCUGUUUUAUACAAGAUACUUAUGGUGUGGAAAUCAUGGGAUCAUUUUAAAUCAAACUGGGCACAUAUAACAAAACACUUUGACUGUACAGUCCAUCUUGAGUUUCCCUCCAUUACUGUAAAAAGUUGCAAUUCUUUUCAUUCUGAAGACUUUGACUUGACGAUCAAAAGUACAACUUUUAAUGCUAUAAAUAUAUAAUUUAAAGAAGAAAAACAUCUUUAAUGCGCCACUAAUUUUUGGACUAGUUGGUGUUUGCGAAUAAGGGACGUCUGUUUUCAUGCAAGGUCUUUCCAGUAUCACUUAUGUGUACAGUAUGAUAGUCUACAUGAUAGGCUCAUUUCCAUUGAAUGUUGGGCUUUGACUCUGAAAAUGCUAAAGUUCUACUAGAAUGACUGGAUUGUCCACAUAUUUGCAUUGUUAGUUCUGUAUUUUACACCACCUUUUCUGACCAAGGAAGAGACCUUUCAUAACAAAAGUAGCUCUUAGAAAAAGGUGUAAUAAAGCAGACUUUGACUUGACUGCA